AUGGUUUCCCAUAGGCAUUUGUGGCUCUCUGUCAACCUUCUACAGGCAUUUGUGGCCCUCUGUCAACCUUCUUUAGGCAUUUGUGGCCCUCUGUCAACCGUCUACAGGCAUUUGUGGCCCUCUGUCAACCUUUUACAGGAAUUUGUGGCCCUCUGUCAACCUUCUUUAGGCAUUUGUGGCCCUCUGUCAACCUUCUUUAGGCAUUUGUGGCCCUCUGUCAACCUUCUACAGGCAUUUGUGGCCCUCUGUCAACCUUCUACAGGCAUUUGUGGCCCUCUGUCAACCUUCUAUAGGCAUUUGUGGCCCUCUGUCAACCUUCUACAGGCAUUUGUAGCCCUCUGUCAACCUUCUUUGGCAUUUGUGGCCCUCUGUCAACCUUCUUUACAGGCAUUUGUGGCCCUCUGUCAACCUUCUACAGGCAUUUGUGGCCCUCUGUCAACCUUCUUUAGGCAUUUGUGGCCCCUCUGUCAACCUUUCUACAGGCAUUUGUGGCCCUCUGUCAACCUUCUACAGGCAUUUGUGGCCCUCUGUCAACCUUCUUUAGGCAUUUGUGGCCCUCUGUCAACCUUCUACAGGCAUUUGUGGCCCUCUGUCAACCUUCUACAGGCAUUUGUGGCCCUCUGUCAACCUUCUACAGGCAUUUGUGGCCCUCUGUCAACCUUCUUUAGGCAUUUGUGGCCCUCUGUCAACCUUCUUUAG